UUGCGGCCGCUCAGUUAGUCUCCUGCCGCGGUACAGACCACCAAUAAAAUGAAAAUAAUAGUGAAUGUUUUGUUUGCAAUUUCAGUGUGUAGUUUAGCAGUUAGUGAUGUGAACUCUUUGAAAAUUUUAGCCGUGAACCCGUAUCAAGGAAAGAGUCAUUAUUUUGUAUUUCAACCUUUGUUGCUCGAACUGGCGAAAAGGGGACACGAUGUCACCUCCAUAUCGUAUUUUCCGCAGAAACAAUCAGUCAAAAACUUCACCGACAUCUCACUAGCCGGUUCAGUGGAAAUUUUGGAAGAUGUAUUUCCUAUUGAAAAGUCGUACUUGAGUGUAUUAUCCAUAGCUAUAUUUUUAGUUACCAGCGGUACGGAUAAUUGCAGAGUAUUGUUACAAAAUCAAGAAGUGCUAAACUUAUGGAAAUCUAAAACAAAUUUUGAUGUAAUAUUAGUUGAGCAGUUCCAAAGUGAUUGUGCCCUGGGAUUAGCAUAUGAGUUAGGAGCGCCGGUGGUUGGUCUGACUUCACAUACUCCGAUGACCUGGCAUUACGGCCGCUUCGGCAUGUCCCUCAACCCAUCAUAUGUUCCAUCGUUAUUCUUUGGAGGGGGAACUAAACCAACUCUAUACCAACGUAUUGAGGCUUUCUUCUUCAAUGCUUACUUCAAUACUUUAUACAAUUGGUACGCUCAAAGAACCGAUCAGAAUACUUUGUCGCAAUAUUUCGAUGAUGUGCCUCCGUUGGAAGAGUUGGGGAGACAAAUGAAGUUCUACCUUACGUACAAGAACCCUAUCUUGUUUGGGUCGUCGUUGAUUCCUGAAAAUGUCAAAGAGGUUGGAGGUUAUCACGUUGCGGCACCAAAACCGUUGUCAGGCGACCUCAAGAAGUUCAUCGACGAGGCAGAGCACGGAGUGAUCUACAUCAGCUUCGGCUCGAUGCUGCGGGCGACCACCACUCCCCGUGAUAAGCUGGAGGCCAUCAUCAGUGCCGUGUCUGAGCUGCCCCAGAGGAUCGUGUUCAAGUGGGAAGAACCGAACCUCCCUGGAAACCCGAAAAAUAUUUACGUCUCCAACUGGCUGCCACAGAACGACAUUUUAGCCCACCCGAACGUGAUAGCUUUUUACUCCCAUUGUGGCCUAUUGGGCACAACAGAAGCCAUCCACCAUGGUGUGCCUGUGUUGGGCAUGCCAAUCUUUGGGGAUCAGCCCUCAAACGCAGCCGCGGUUGAAGAAAGCGGCCUUGGCGUUCGGAUCGACAUUACGACCCUGACUAAGGAAGAAUUGCUUAGCAAGUUCAAAAUAAUUUUAGAUCCUAAAUUCAGGCGUAAAGUAAAACAAAUUUCCAAGGCAUGGCACGACCGCCCAAUGUCUGCAAUGGACACUGCUAUCUACUGGAUAGAAUACGCGGUCAGAAACAAAGAUUUCAACUUCCGCUCGCCCGCAGCCGAUCUGCCUCUCUACAAAUACUUUAACCUAGACGUUAUAGCUAUAUUUACAUGUAUAAUCUACGUCCUGAUUUAUGUUAUUAAAUCUGUGUUUAGUUUAAGAAAAACGCAAUCGCGCAAGCAGAGUAAGAAAUCUAAGAAGGCGUAGUUUUGUGAAAUUUUCAUGUGCGU